AUGCGCGAUUCCGAUCUGAUCUUCUCGGCUCAAGAAAUGGAGGACUUCAACCGGCUGCCCCUGGAGCUGGAGUUACUUCUCGCCAUACGAUUCUCGGCGUCCAUACCGGAUAUCUUCCUCGACAUACCUGACCCUACAAGCACCACCGUCGCGGGGCUUAAGCGACUGGUUCGCGAUAGACUCCCUCCAGACCUUACAUCGCGCCGCCUCCGUCUUAUCCAUGCGGGAAAAUCUCUAGAUGAUUCGACCUCGUUAGCAACACAGAUAAAAAUUGGGAAGAAUAGCCGUCUACGCGCGUAUCAUAGCAACAGUUAUCGAGCAUCGUCAUCGGGCUCAUCCGAGUCCAACUCAAGGGUAUCUUCUCCCUUCCUGAAAGGCGGAUAUGCGACACCGAGUUCGUCAUCAACCCUAUUUCAGGCUCCGCCAGAUCCACCUGGGAAGGGGAAAGCCCCGGCUCGAGACCCGGGGGAACCUCGGAUAUAUAUACACUGUUCGAUAGGUGAUAUAACGCUUACACCAGCCGAGCUUGAUGCAGAAGCUCGUGCUGCUCGUUCUGGUCAGGAUGCAUUAAAAUCAAAUACAUCUGGCCAUGGUUCUUUAGGUUCGGCUGGUCUGAACGAGUCUGCGGGACCCAGCCAUCUACCAGAUGGAGACAAUACACCAACACGGAAUGAUACACGUCCUGAUGAUGGGUCUAAUAUAACUCCUACACGCGCACCCCAGGGCUUCGAUAGAUUGCUUUCUGCAGGAUUCACGCCUGCAGAGGUAUCCUCUCUUCGGUCUCAGUUCCUCGCAUUGCUUUCCCUCUCGCAUACCCCGGAUACAUUGCCAUCUGGCACGGAGCUGCGAAGGCUAGAAGAAAGAUGGAUGGAUGAUGGGCCAGCAGAUAGCGGUGUUGGUGGCCUGGGGGGUAAUGGCGAGGAAUCGAAUAUAUUUGGAGACAUCAAUACGGAUAAUACGGGCGGAGGUGGCCCGUUCGGAUCUGGUACUUCUCGGGCACUCGAUGAUAUGUUAUGGGGUUCGGUUAUGGGGUUCUUUUGGCCCGUUGGCUGUGCCUUAUGGCUUCUGAGAGAAGAAGGGGUGUGGAGUUGGAGGAAAGGGCUGGCUGUUUUUGUAGGGGUGGUGGUGAAUUUUGGAUUUGGGGCGGUUAGGAUGUUGAGUUGA